GCCUGGUGCAUGCUGGGAGCAGUAAAUGGCCUCCCGUCGCGGCAGGCUCAUUGUUAUGGAAGCUCAGAACAGGUUUCCUCACCUCCUCCACCACUCUUCCGGAAGUGCCGCCGCCCUCGCGCCCACCAGCGGCCACCCCCUGCGGCAGGCCCCGCCCCCUACCGGCUCCGCCCCCCAGCUCUCCGCCCCCUCCUCCGGUGGUGGCGCCGGCUUGCAACCCGGGUCGUGGUGGUUUCGGUGCCCGAAGCCGGGAGCGCGGAGUCGUUCCCGGAGCGCGGCCAGGCUAUGAUCGCGGGUCCCCGGCGUCCCGCUCCGGCCAACCAGAGUCCCUGUCUCAGCUUGUGCCCGUGCCUGAGCGGUCUCCUCAGCCCAGCUCCGCGGUGCGGUUGGCGGCGGCGGCGCCCGGCGCGCCCCCUCCUCCGAUGGCGGCGGAGAUCCAGCCCAAGCCGCUGACCCGCAAGCCCAUCCUGCUGCAGCGGGUCGAGGGGUCCCAGGAGGUGGUGAAUAUGGCCGUGAUCGUGCCCAAGGAGGAGGGCGUCAUCAGCGUCUCGGAGGACAGGACCGUUCGUGUAUGGCUAAAGAGAGACAGUGGACAAUAUUGGCCAAGCAUAUACCAUAUGAUGCCUUCUCCAUGUUCAUGCAUGUCUUUUAACCCGGAAACAAGAAGACUGUCCAUAGGUCUAGACAAUGGUACAAUCUCAGAAUUUAUUUUAUCAGAAGAUUAUAACAAGAUGACUCCUGUGAAAAACUAUCAAGCACAUCAGAGCAGAGUGACGAUGAUCCUGUUCGUCCUGGAGCUGGAGUGGGUGCUGAGCACUGGGCAGGACAAGCAGUUUGCCUGGCACUGCUCCGAGAGUGGGCAGCGCCUGGGAGGGUAUCGAACCAGUGCCGUGGCCUCGGGCCUGCAAUUUGACGUUGAAACCCGGCAUGUGUUUAUUGGUGACCAGUCAGGACAAGUAACCAUCCUCAAACUGGAGCAAGACAACUGCACCCUGGUCACAACGUUCAGAGGACAUACAGGUGGGGUGACUGCUCUCUGUUGGGACCCCGUCCAGCGAGUGUUGUUCUCCGGCAGCUCCGAUCACUCCGUUAUCAUGUGGGACAUCGGCGGGAGGAAAGGAACAGCCAUCGAGCUCCAAGGACACAAUGACAAAGUCCAGGCCCUUUCCUAUGCGCAGCACACACGGCAGCUCAUCUCCUGCGGUGGUGACGGUGGGAUUGUGGUCUGGAACAUGGACGUGGAGAGGCAGGAGACCCCUGAAUGGUUGGACAGCGACUCCUGCCAAAAAUGUGAUCAGCCUUUCUUCUGGAACUUCAAGCAAAUGUGGGACAGUAAGAAAAUUGGCCUAAGACAGCACCACUGCCGCAAGUGUGGGAAGGCCGUCUGCGGCAAGUGCAGCUCCAAGCGCUCCUCCAUCCCCCUGAUGGGCUUCGAGUUUGAAGUGAGGGUCUGUGACAGCUGCCACGAGGCCAUCACCGAUGAAGAACGUGCACCCACGGCUACCUUCCAUGACAGUAAACAUAACAUUGUGCAUGUGCAUUUCGAUGCAACCAGAGGAUGGUUACUGACUUCUGGAACUGACAAGGUUAUUAAGUUGUGGGAUAUGACCCCAGUCGUGUCUUGAUGACACUGCAGGCAUCACAAAGAUAGUAUUUACUCAAGAAACGGUUGUUCUAAUCCACAUCAUUACUGGAGCUGCAAGCGGACGUGUGAGAGUUCGAGAGAAACUGCAGAGCGGGGCUGAGCUGACGGGGUAGCAAUGCGUACAGGGGUGAGCUCGUGAGUGAACGCUGGCGAGGGAGACUUUCAACGCGUUCAUUCGAUAUAAAAGAAGAUAUUUUUUUAGCAAAUGGUUUAUACGGUCUGGCUGUGCUACAUUGUUUUGAGCAUACUGAAAACUUUGUGUGGGGUGUUUAAUUUUUACAUUUUUCAACACUUCGUUUUAGUUGUUGCUUUGCGUGUUGGAGAAAUGACGGAGGCAUCUGUUCAGGGUAUUUUUGGUCAUUAUAAAGUCGUUUCCAUGUUUUCUUCACUUCCGGCACAUAUUCUGUGGUCAGCGUCUUUUUCUUCUGUUACCUACUCUCCGCUUCAUCGACUCUUUGCCAGUGUGUUUAUAUUUACGCUCUUUCUUCUCACCGUUUCCGCUUUCACAGAAAUCCUCUUCAACAGAGAGAGCUGGGAAACCAUUCAUGUGGGUUUUCCAACCGACUUCUUGAAUCACAUGAAGAGUUAUCCCUUUGACACGUCUUACUCGCUCAUGUUCUGAGUAGACAUGACCUUGUGCUUCUGCCUCCGUGUCUCUAUCUUUCCCACGUUACAAAAAGGCUGUGAGAAAGCUGCUCCCAACCGCUGUCCCCACAGAGGUGGGUGAUUGUAACUCAGACCUUCAACUCGCAGUGCCUGGGUCAUUUCUAAUUCAGUUGGAGCUGUCUGAGCCUUUUCUGUUUUGGCUUUAUUCACAUAGCUCUUCCUUGCUCACAAUAUUCAAAACAAACACAACACAACAAAACAAAAACCCAUGACCUUUGGGGGGGGUAGGGGGAAGCAUCUGUAAGAUGUGUUUCUCCACGCUGCACCUCUGAAUUUGAAUGUGUUCGUUACUGCGAGAUCGUAUCCUGCUCUACUCACCAUCUGUAUUCUCUUCCCCUUUAAAAACUAGAUAUUUAAAGAUUUUGAUCUUAAUGUAUUUCAGAACACUGUGCACACUUUCGUACUAAACCUGUGUGAUCUGAGACGUAAAAGGUACCGAGUCGUACAGCUCAUACUGUGUUCCGGUUGGGAAUGUUAAAAAUUUUUU